CAAAAUUGAGCCAAUCACAAUAUUUGAAGAUAACCAAUAGUGCAUAAAAAUGGAAAAACUCUGAAACCUAAAAGAACAAAACAUCUAGACACUGAAUAUUGACGUCUAACAUAAAUGUUGUCGACAAAAUGCCUAAAUAAUGCUGUGAUACGGAAACCUGAAGAGAUAAUUAGGAAAAGAAGAAGUUUAAGGUUAUGUUUACUUUAAAAAAUUAAACUUUGAACAUUUUUUUAAAUACAAAUACAAACUAAACUAUGGCUUUGUGUGAAGCAGAAAAAACUUUCGUCUUGCACGGUGUUGAGGAGAAUUUUCGUGUAGAUGGUAGAGAACGUGAAGACUACAGACCUAUGGAAUUGGAAACAGAUAUAGUAUCACACGCUUUCGGUUCUGCUCGCCUUAGGCUAGCAAAUACAGAUAUUCUUGUCGCGGUAAAAAUUGAAGUUGAUGUUCCUUUUCCAGAGAGCCCUCAUCAAGGAAAAAUUGAAUUUUUUGUUGACUGUUCUGCAAAUGCCACUCCUGAUUUUGAGGGUAGAGGUGGAGAGGACCUUGCUGUAACCAUUUCAAGUACCUUAAGUUCUGCUUACUCUUCUUCCUUAGCUUUUGAUUUAAGAAAAUUGUGCAUUUUACAUGGACGAAAAUGUUGGAAACUAUAUGUGGAUAUUUUAAUUUUAGAAUGUGGAGGGAAUCUUUUCGAUGCAGUUUCUUUAGCAGUAAAAGCUGCCCUUUGGAACACUCAAGUACCAUUUGUUAAAAAUAUUAAUAUUGAUGGUAAUAAUGUUGAGAUUAAUGUAGCCGACGAUUUAUAUGCCUGUGAAAGAUUAGAUGUAAAGAAAGCUCCCGUUAUGGUGACUGUUUGUAAAAUAGGUGACAAAUGCAUAGUAGAUCCAAAUGCAGCUGAAGAACAGUGUUCUGUGGGUUCAGUAGUUGUAGCAGUGUCUGGCAAUAAGUUUAGUACAGUCUACCAGACUGGUAAAGGUUCUUUACAUCCAUCAACUCUUAUUGAAAGUUUAAAGUUGGGAUUUGAAGUAGCAAAAAGAUUAGACGAAGCAUUAUGGGAAACUUUGAGUCAGAUACAACCAGAUCAAGAUGUUGGUUUUCUUAAAUAAAAGAAUUCUUUAA